UUAGUGUGUGAGAGAGAAAGAAAGAGGUGCCAAAAAUUGAAAAGUGAAAACAGAAUCUUGAAAGUGCAAGCCAUCUUUUAUAAUUAUUUUAGCAAUUACUUCAAUUAAACACUCUGUAAUAAAAAAUUAUACUAUUUGCAUUAAAAAUUGGGCCCUCAUCUGUAAUUCUCCUACUUUUCUUCUUUCUUCUAUCUUCCUCUACCAUUGUUGUUUGUUUGCAGACCUCCCAUUCUUUCCUUUUAUCAACACCAUAAAACUCUCUCUUCUUUCUCUCUCUAAAAAAACCCAGAAAGUUGAUUACUUUAUUAAGCAACCAUGUCUUCCCCAAGCAAACGUCGAGAGAUGGACUUGAUGAAACUGAUGAUGAGUGAUUACAAAGUGGAGAUGAUUAAUGAUGGUAUGCAAGAAUUCUAUGUGGAAUUUCAUGGGCCCAGUGAGAGUCCCUAUCAUGGAGGUGUUUGGAGGAUUAGAGUUGAACUUCCAGAUGCUUACCCCUACAAAUCUCCAUCUAUAGGAUUCAUAAACAAGAUGUACCAUCCCAAUGUCGACGAGAUGUCAGGAUCAGUUUGUCUUGAUGUCAUUAAUCAGACUUGGAGUCCGAUGUUUGAUCUGGUAAAUGUUUUUGAGGUGUUCCUCCCCCAGCUUCUGUUGUACCCAAAUCCUUCAGACCCUCUGAAUGGAGAGGCUGCUGCUCUGAUGAUGCGUGACCGAGCUGCAUAUGAGCAAAGAGUUAAAGAAUACUGUGAGAAGUAUGCGAAGCCAGAGGAUGCAGGAGCUGUUCCUGAAGAAAACACGAGUGAGGAAGAACUGAGCGAUGAUGAAUAUGCUUCAAGUGAUGAAGCAAUGGUGGGUGAAGCCGAUCCCUAGUCGCACGUAUUCACUCGUGUUAUCCCAUUUAAUUUACUGUAUUCUGUACAUUAUUAUCACUUAGAUCUGCUCAAAUCAAUCCCCAACACUAAUGUAAAGACUUUAGUCUCGUUGGGAAUUAUUUGUGAGUUCAAUAUAUUUAUCCCCAAGUUCCUUUGAUUUGUUUAAUCUAUGUACUUGUAAAUAAAUGUACUCUUUGUUUAUUAAUGUACAACUGUGAAAUUUCCUUAA